UUACGUAACCAGCAAUGAUUUCCGCAUCUUUGCUGGACUCGUAGACAUCGAUUACAUUAUAUAUCGAUUAAAUCAUAAUGGUUUGAUUUCGGAAGCAACAUGGCAAAACAAAUGAUCAAAAAUACAAAUAAUGGGAUGUGCCAGUGAGUCUUGGUUAAAAUAGAAAAAAGUGUGCCAAAAAUAACCCCACCUAUUGUCCUAGUGGAUCAAACUCAAGAUGGCUGCCCACAGUGCCGCACUCUCUAUGGCCAAAAUCGUCAAACCAUUUUGGGCUGGAGUAGCAGGAAAUACAGCCAAAGUUUUUGGAACAACCGUGUCAAGCCACAGGAAUAAGACGGUGCUGACUGGAGAAAACAUUCCUCCCCCAGCUAAGUAUGGAGGGAGACACACUGUGACCCUCAUACCUGGAGAUGGAAUUGGUCCAGAGCUCUUUAAUCACGUCAGAGAGGUUUUCAGGUUCAGCUGUGUGCCUGUGGACUUUGAAGUGGUACAUGUUAACUCUGCCUUGGAGACUGAAGAUGAUAUCAACAAUGCCAUCACUGCCAUUCGACGUAAUGGCGUGGCUCUCAAAGGUAACAUAGAAACCAAACACACUAUGCCCCCAUCUGUCAAGUCCAGAAAUAAUCUCCUCCGCACAAGCUUGGACCUUUAUGCCAAUGUGAUGCACUGCCAGUCCCUCCCUGGUGUCCAGACUCGCCAUAAGAAUAUCGACAUCAUGAUUAUCCGCGAAAACACUGAAGGAGAGUACAGCAGUUUGGAGCAUGAGAGUGUAUCCGGUGUUGUGGAGUCUCUCAAAAUAAUCACCAGGAACAAUUCCCUCCGAAUCGCAGAAUAUGCCUUUCGACUGGCCAGAGAGAAAGGGCGGCGCAGGGUUACUGCUGUCCACAAGGCCAACAUCAUGAAGCUGGGUGAUGGCUUGUUCCUACAAUGUUGCAGAGAAGUGGCCUCGGGGUACCCUGACAUCACAUUUGACAGCAUGAUUGUGGACAACACCACUAUGCAGUUGGUGUCUAAUCCUCAGCAGUUUGAUGUGAUGGUAAUGCCCAACCUUUAUGGCAACGUGGUGAGCAAUGUGUGUGCUGGCCUGGUGGGCGGUCCUGGCCUGGUGCCUGGAGCCAAUUAUGGCCGUGACUAUGCCGUCUUUGAAACGGCCACAAGGAACACAGGGAAGAGCAUUGCAAACAGGAACAUUGCAAACCCCACUGCCCUGCUCCUAGCUAGCUGCAUGAUGCUUGACCAUCUUAAGCUGUUUGAUUAUGCAACUUUGAUCCGGAAUGCAGUCCUCACUACCAUGAAUGAAACCAGGUUGCACACAGCGGAUAUUGGGGGACAGGGCACCACAUUAGAGGUGGUUCAGUCCAUCAUGAGAAUCAUCCACAGUAAAGGGCAAUACACAGCUGACAUCUAAAUAUCUAAACACACAAUGUCUUUGUAUUAUUGACAUCAGAACGGUUAAACCCCCCCGCCUCGCCAUCUCAUGACAGUGCACCUAUUUGAUAUCAUGUCUACUCAUAUUCUCUGUUAUGUAUCUUAAGUGCUACAGCCUUUACAUUCUGCAAUACUGUAUAAUUAAUGCAUUUCUCGUUUUGUGUGCUGUAACUUUACAAAAGUGUAUACUGUAUGCCUUACAGAUGGUACUAUCUUGUUGACAUAUCAUUCCUAUGUCAUCUUUAUUUAUACUGUGCAAACACAAGAGGCUUUUGCCAUGCAAGUCUUUGGCUCACAUGAUGGCACUUAAAACAUUUCCUGUCUGAAUAUAGACUUAUUUUAUGUUGCUAUAAUUAGGCAUAAUUACUUUAUCACAUACAUAUUAUUAAAUUAACCUACCUGAAACUGUGCUCUUGUUUCAAUAUGACAAGUACUGUAGCCAUGAUAUCAGUACAGUUCAAGUUGUGAUAUGUGGGAAAGACGAAGUGACGAAGCUCCGCCACUGUCUAAAACACAAAUUUGUAAAAUGAAGUGGAUUAAAUUACAAUUCUUCGGGUAAAUAUAAGUAACUGAUAAACCAUUUGCUAUUCCAUAUCUUCACCAGAAGAGUGUGCUACUCACAAACCACACUGAGUCAUGUUAACUUGAGCUAUAUAGUAAACACAGCAUCUUUCAAUUGUGCUAAUUUUAAAACACUGAGAACUUGGGAACCUUUAUAGGAAGAUAGACAGAUUAUAAAACAUAAUUGUCAUAUUUCUGGUUCUCUCAAUGGGAUUUCUAAGAAUAAUGGGCCCAGGAUGGUUCGCAAAUGUUGCUAAAUGAACACACAAAUUUUGGCUCUGAGCCAUGUCCCUCAUUUAUCUUCAUUUAAAAUGAAAGCAAGCAAUUUAUGAUAGUCGUAUGGUAAAACCACAGCAUUGCUGAUUACUGUAGUUAACACAGUUUGACGUCUUGCUCAUUUUUUUUUGUUUUGUCCAGCCCUGAGGGCAGAGAGUAUUGUUGAAUGCCCUUACAUGCUCAACAGAUUUGCUCUGCCAGGGAAAAGUGUGAGAUACUCAUCCCCUGUUAUACAGAAUUUAUUUGACUUUAUUUGAUGUUUUGUUGUUAUGCAAAUUUGGAGCGGCCAGACCGGAGCAGGAGGGGAUAUAGAAGAAGAGAAAAGAAAACAGAGGGGAGAGUGCGGGGACAGGAGGGGGACAACACAGAGAGAGACAAGAACAACAGCAACAAAAACAAUUGUGACAAUAACAAAACAACCGAAACAAACGGGACUACAUCAGCAAAUGUCUGUGACGGUCAUGAAGACCAUGAUGGAGAGGACAAAAUAAUAUCAACAACCACAGUGAUAAUACUGCAUUUGAAACAGUCGUACAUAUUAGUAGUAAUAGUAGUAAUGAAAUUAUUAACCAUGAUAGUGAACAGAAUGACAAUAACUGUAAUAACUGUAAUCAUAUUGCCGACAUCACCAUCACGUAAUAAAACCAACAACAUAACACCCUGGUUAACUCAGUGAGUUAUG